UCUGCAAAUAAUUUAUGCAAAGCGAAAGUUUUCAAAUACAUUUCCUCAUUUCAUCUCAAAUCGCAGGAAAAUCAAGUUUUCGCUCGAAAACGGGCAACAAAUUGGACAAAAAAUCAUGAAAAUUUGCUAAUGCACAAGAUGCCAGUGAGGAAAUAUCGCAAAGAGAGCUCCGAAAUCUCUUGUUGCUUGAAAUACGUAAUUUUUAGCGUCAAUGUUUUGUUUUGGUUAUUUGGUCUUUUUAUCCUCGGAGUCGGGAUUUGGGCUUGGACUGAGAAAGAUAUCUUCAACAAUAUCUCCCGUUUGACGAAUAUCGCGCUCGAUCCAGCUUUCGUGCUUGCCAUUUGCGGUCUGACAUCCUUCGUGAUUGGUUUUUGUGGCGCCUUGGGAGCUCUGCGGGAGAAUACAUGUCUCUUGGCGACAUAUUCGAUGUUCCUCGCUGCCUUGCUCAUCAUGGAACUGAGUUUGGGAGUGCUUGCCUUCGUGCUCAAAGACAAAGGAUGGAUCAAGGAACAAGCGACGACGGGUUUGCGAGCCUUUAUAACGCAUUAUCGCGAAGAUCCGGACCAGCAAAACUUGAUAGAUUGGAUUCAGGAGGAAUGGCAAUGCUGUGGCAUCGAAGGUCCGAAGGAUUGGGACUCGAAUAAUUAUUUUAAUUGUAGCAGUAGUGCUGUGGGGAGUCGCGAAGCAUGCGGCGUUCCCUUUUCUUGUUGCAAAUUGCGACCUAAUGAGAUUAUCAAGAACAAACAGUGCGGGUAUGAUGUGAGAAAAGGGAAUUAUCAAACACAAGAUCGCCAAAUAUUUGAGAGAGGCUGUAUGAGAGCCUUUGAAGACUGGUUGGAAAAUAAUUUUGUAUCUGUAGCGGGCACUUGUAUAGCAAUCAUGAUAGUUGAGACUGAAAAUGUGUCGAAUACGAUAAAUGAAAAGGGUUGUUUAACUUCCGGCGAGGAAUGGAUCGAUCAUAAUUUAAUUAUGAUCGCUGUUUGUGUCAUUAUUUUGCCCUUUUUGCAGAUUCUCGGCAUUUGCUUCGCCCAAAACCUCCGAGCUGACAUAUUCGCUCAAAAAUCCAAAUGGCAUUGACAUUCGCCAGCCCCUGUCGCCGUUUAAAACCCUUUUAUUUACUCCAACAACAAAAAUACUGCCAUUUUUAUUUCCUCCUAAUUUAGAUAAAUUUCUCGUGAUUUCAAACAUUCCUUAAUAAAAUUAUUUUAUUUUAUUUUUAACAAAAAAAAGGACAGGGGCUGCUAACUCAAUUUUUCGACGUAAUUCGACUAUUUUUUUUUUAUAGAAAUAAGGCUAAAACAAUGUUACUGAUAAUAAUUGAUAAGUAUUAACAAAACAAGAGAAAAAAGUGUUAAUUAAUAAGACGAAAACGUUUUGCCAACACGAUGAUGCUCAGUCAUCGAUCAAAAUUUAGGACUUAACGAUAGUUGUUAGUGCUUUUUAAAAUUAUUUUUUUAUUUCUCGUGACUCAUGAAAAAAAUGAUAUUAUUUUACAGAAAUUUUUAGUAACGACAAAAAAAGACUCAUCGCACAAUUUUUUGAAAGAUACAAAAGACUCAAGUUCAAUU